CUCUCAACCAUCUUAUCUUUAUGGAAGAGGACGAGGUCGUGGAGCCACCAAACACUCAACACCAUCAGGUUCUUCAUCAACCAAAGGACGAACACAGGAAGUUGUAGGCAAUGGCUCCUCUCAACAACGGCCAGGAAAUCUGGCCACUUCUGGGGCUUGGUCCGGCUCCAAUCAAAGUCCAAAGAGUCCCAGCUUUGAGAACCAGCGUCUAGAGUCUUCUCUCAGGUCUGUGGAGGACCUCUUUGCCAAAGCUAGAAGUGAGCAUCUGAAGGCAGCCCACCAUCAUCUACAGAACACGGCUGACGACCUGGAUGACUCAGAGGAUGAAGAGGAGGAUAUUGGAAGUAUUGUGUUGAACGGCAUUUUCCAGUCUUACGCAAAAACUUUUGAAAUCGGGAAUGGAAAUGAUGUCCACUCAGCUCAGGAAAAGCUGCUUCAUUCGUUCCGAUCAGGGACAUCGGCUUGUCUGGUCUGCAUUGAAACAAUCAAGAAAGAAGAUGCUAUUUGGAGCUGUUCUGGUUGUUUCUGCAUGUUCCACCUUCCGUGUAUACAAAAAUGGGUGAGAGAAGGGGUGUACCAGAAGCAGUACAGCUCUGGGGAUUUUGCCACUGACAAGAGUUCUGACAACAUCCUGUGGCAUUGCCCCAAGUGCCGGCACGAAUACUCACAGAGUCAGUGUCCCACACGAUACUUCUGCUUCUGUGGUAAACAGCCUGAUCCUCAGCCUGAUCCCUGGUUGGUGCCUCACUCCUGUGGGAAUGUCUGUGGACGCAGACUAACUCCAGAGUGUGGACAUUCUUGUCUGCUCCUGUGUCAUCCAGGUGCCUGUCCACCCUGUCCUGCGAUGGUCAAGUCUGCCUGCCACUGCGGGAAAAGUGUGCCUCGAAUGGUGCGCUGCAAUGCUCGCUCAUGGACUUGUGGGAAGACAUGUGGACGCACUCUCUCUUGCAAGCAACACCAGUGUCUGGAUAAAUGCCAUGCAGGUGAGUGUGCCCCCUGUACAAAAACCAGCGUGCAGGCGUGUUGCUGUGGCAAGCAGAAGUCUGAGCGGCCGUGUGACAGUGUCUCCUGGCAAUGUGAUAAGCCAUGUGGGAAGUUGUUGAGCUGUGGCAACCAUCUAUGUGAGAACAUCUGUCAUUCUGGUCCCUGUGGCAACUGUCCCAGGUCAGGUCCCAGGAGGUGCCCUUGUGGGAAGACAGAAUUCCAGUUACCUUGUACAGAAGACAUACCUACCUGUGGAGACACCUGUGGGAAACCCCUCGCUUGUGGACAACAUUACUGCACUCAGCGCUGUCAUCUGGGAGAUUGUGGACAGUGUAUGCAGAUGGCCAUCAAGAAGUGUCGAUGUGGGCAGAGACAAAAGGAGUUUCCCUGUGCUAAAGAGUUCCACUGUGACAAAAAGUGUAACAACUUAAGAAACUGCGGAGUUCACAAGUGUAACCGCAAGUGCUGCGAUGGCAACUGUCCCAGAUGUGAGCAGAUCUGUGGCAAGACACUGAGAUGCCGCAACCAUAAGUGUGCCAGCCAAUGCCAUAAAGGUCCCUGUUAUCCUUGCCCACUGACCAUGGACAUCACAUGCAACUGCAAGAAGACAAAGAUCACAGUUCCCUGUGGAAAGGAGAGAGUCACCAAACCUCCAAGAUGUAAUCUCCCAUGCAAAACACCGCCGGCAUGCCAUCAUCCAUCUCGUCAAAAGCACAGGUGUCACUUUGGGGACUGUCCGCCGUGCAGUUUUGUUUGCGGCAGAACCCUGGACGGGUGUGGCCACAACUGUCCCGUAGUCUGUCAUGAUGCUGUCAAAACUAAAGUACAAGAUGAAGGUGUGAAGGCCGGCCCCUGGGAACAGAGACCUGCACGUGUUGAAACACUUCGAAAGCCUUGUCCACCUUGUCAAGUACCCAUUCCUAUGAAGUGUCUGGGCGGACAUGAGACAUCGGAAAUACCUUGUUUCCGAGUGAAACCUUACUCCUGUGGUCGAAAGUGUGGCCGCAGGUUAGCUUGUGGAAAUCAUACAUGUGAGUUACAGUGUCACACAGUCACGGCUGCUCCAGACGCACAUUCUGCUGGGACAGAAUGCAAGCCAUGUGAACUAGGCUGUGAGGAACCAAGACCAGACGGAUGUACUCACCCUUGCGUGCGACCAUGCCAUCCUCCACCUUGCCCACCCUGCCACAUGAUGAUCCGCAUGCGCUGUCACUGCCAGACACUUGUCAAACACAUCGAGUGUGACAAGUGGAAUGCUUCAUCACAAAAACUACGUGACACCUUGAAGUCGUGUGGACAACCUUGUCCUAAAGAGUUGCCAUGUGGACAUCCUUGCGGGGCUGUGUGCCACAGUGGACCCUGCCCCAAUGCUGGCCGCUGUCAGAAGAAAGUCACUCUCAAGUGCAGAUGCAAGAGGAUCAAGAAGGAUGUUGUGUGCGCAGAAAGAGGAGCUGUGUCAAAACUGGAGUGUGAUUCCAACUGUAGACCUAACCAGAAGAAUGGUGAUGAAUUGGCAAAGCAAAAGGAGGAGGAAGAGAAAAAGAAACAAGAGGCAGAACUCUUGGAAUAUGAGCGAAUGAUGAAAGGACGGAAAAAGAAACACAGAAAACAGAAAGAAGAAUUGCAAGAGGAGACAUUUUGGAGCAAAUACAAACUCUUCAUUGCUGUUCUCACACUAGGUAUUGCUGCAGCGUGUGGUGUCAUGUUGUAUGCUAACAUGGAGUUUUGA